AAGGGUAGGACCCUUGGCCGGAUUUUUCUCAGUGUGUGAAACUCAUUUCCGUAGUCCAGUAACGCACCACACAGACGCCAGAAUGCCUGCAGACUACAAUGGAACCUGGGAGAUGGUGAGCAAUGACAAAUUUGAAGACGUCAUGAAGGCAAUGGACAUCGACUUUGCCACCAGGAAGAUCGCUGCGCACCUGACGCAGACCAAGAUCAUUGUCCAGAAAGGAGACGUGUUUGAGACCAUGACCCAGAGCACCUUCAGGAACUACGAGGUGAACUUCACCGUGGGGGUGGAGUUUGACGAGUACACCAAGGGCCUGGAUAACCGCACAGUCAAGACGCUGGUGAGCUGGGAUGGAGACAAGCUGGUAUGUGUCCAGAAGGGAGAGAAGGAAAACCGUGGAUGGAAACACUGGAUCGAGGGCGAUAUGCUACACCUGGAAAUCCAUGUUGUGGAUAAAGUCUGCAAACAAGUGUUUAAGAAGAAACAUAUCACCUAAUAAAGCUGGGCGGCCUCCGAAGGUUCCACUGAGAGCUGCGUAGACCAGAUUGAUCAAUUACAACCCUAUUGUGGAUGUGAGCCUUUGGGUUGAAUGCUCACAAAGGGAUGAAGAAACAAAUCAUUCAUUGUGUAUUUAUAUCUAUUCAUUUGGAGAUAUCAUAUGCAUGAGCUUUUUCAGCUGCUAAAUCAUACUUGUAAAGUGGUUCUACAACAAUUACAUCAACUAAACAUUAGUGCUCGAAUGUUGUGGUUAAAGUAAAGAGCACUCUAAAUUGUAUUGUUAUUUUUGUUGUUAUAAUAAAGAAUUGUCCUUCUUAUAUCUAAGGCAAAGGAGAACGUACCAGCCAUUUCCUUCCGGUAUCCAUUUCUGUUAAAUCUCAUUUGCAAGUUGGCAUCAUUUAACAUUCACGCAGUCUCAAAGUAUAACUGUCAGAGGAAAUAGCUCACCUUUUUUUUGGUCACUCAGUACAUUUACAUGCAAAACUUAUCAGAUUAAAGCCAAAGUUCGACCAUGCUCCUCUAUCGGACAACUGCAAUUGGCCGAGUAUACAUGAUGGUGAGAAAAUCGAUUCAUUGGCCGAAGCAUGUCAUACCCUGGUAGGAUAAGUGGGGCUACAUUUCAACUAGAUGUAAUAGAGCCACAGCUGACCUCUUUACGUCACCUGUAACAACAAACUCAGGGACAAUUGAGAAAGAUGUUUUCGGUAGACAGCUGUCAGUUUCGGGAAAAGGUUGUUCGAAUUAAAAAAAUGUUCAGGAAAGGUGCCUCGAUGCAACCUUUAACCCACCUUUAGCAUAGGAUACUCCUGACCAACCUUUACAAAAGGAAAGGUUGGUCAGAAUUUGGAGGCCAAAUUUGAAGCAACAGGCCACAGAUGAAGUUUACAGACUCUACACGAAGAAGCAUGAAAGACGCAGUAAAGCAGAAGAAAAGAAGAGAAGAAAAUAACAUUUAUAAUAAUGGAUACCAAUUCCAGAAACAUUAAAAUAAAAAACAUUUAUUUUGACCAAUUUUGACAGAUUCAGCCCGAAGUUACUACUUUACAACCUUGUACAACCAUGUACUUUCAAUUCCGCCUUAGGUGACCGGGGGAAAUCAAAGCGUAGUGUGUACCUCCACCUGCACCGAAUACAUUGGGGGGGCGGGGUAUAUACAUUUGCCACAACCCCGGCUUCCUCCAUUUUCUUCGCACCUUUUUAAAUAAAUCGGCAUUUACAACGGCGUCAACAACAAGACUAUCGUCUCCUACUUUCAGCUCACGCCCCCUGAAAAAAUCACAAGAAUGCGCAGAACGCAAAAUCCUAUUACAAUCCGAUUGAGCAUAUGCACUGAGUGAGAUGACAGCAGAUCCAGCUUGAUGACCUUGCUAAAUGUUGCAACCUUUAUUUAAAUAGCUGUAAUAAAUGUUUUGACACACUGAUGUUGACUCUGAUUCAACAACAAACUGUAGAUUUGUGUAAAGAAACAAUUUGUGCUCAUAAUACUGAACUCCAAAAUAUUAAUGACUUAUGCUUGGGCCCGGAAAAAAAAAAAUCCAAGUAUUGUGGGAAAAUGUAACUAUACCCUUAGAAGGAUUAUAAUCAACGUCUUGCCUUAUAUGCCAUAUGAAUGUGAUAAGUGUUGAAAAAUACGACUCUUCUUCUGACGUGACUCUUCAUCCGGUUCUGUGCAAACAGUAUGUACUCAGGCCUGGGAACCAAGGUUACACAAAGGCAGUAUCACUGGGAGAGAUUCCAGCUUGGUUCAGAUAGACAAAGCAUCGAUUUGGUUUGUUCAGGGACAGAUUACCCCCAUGGCAUGAAGGGUCCAUAAUGUUAUCUUCUUUUAAUAAAAAUAUAUGUGGAUGACACAUGGAUGACAGUGUCUGACAAAAGGUUAGAGAAUGUUCAAAGAAAGGACAUUGAUAAGCAAGGUACGAUGAUGUAUGGCCAAAUGUCCCAGAUUAACGAAUUAGGGAAUUCUGUUGGUGCUGAAGCCAUGGUCAUUGUUUGAUAACAACCCUUUUGAUUAAAUUGUAAUAAAAGUACUAAAUAAAAGUAUUAA